AUGCCCACUCUCACCCAAGGAUCCGAUUCUCUUUAUACCUUGACUGCUCAAGGUGCCCCCAUCCCCAACAAUGUUCUCAAGUUUGUCAAGGGCAUCAAAACCCCCAAGACCAGAGCAAAGAAGCUGGUAGCUUCCCACAAUGGCAGUCAUGGCCAGAGGAGUAGAGUGGAGUUCCCAGAAGUGAUAGAAAAGCCUACAGCCUUGACCCAAGGCAAAGCAAGCCAUCCAGAAUCCUCAGAAGCAUCAGCAGCCUCGAGCUGUGAUCCCAAAGGCACAGAGAGGCCUGCAGCCUCUACCCAAGGCCCCCAAAGCUUUCAGAGAAAAAGAUGGUUCUCAGGCAAUGUCUGUCACCAGACAUUUCUGGUAACAGAAAUCAUUUUACUGGGGCUCACUGUUCGCCCAGAAUUCCAGCCUCUCCUCUUUGUACUGUUUCUCAUUGUUUACACCGUCACUGUCUUAGGCAACAUGGGCAUGAUAGUGCUAAUCAGAAUAGACUCUCGUCUUCACACUCCCAUAUACUUCUUCCUCACUAACUUGGCAUUUGUGGAUUUGUGCUACACGUCCACUGCAACCCCUCAGAUGUUGACUAAUUUCUUAUCAGAGAAGAAGACCAUUUCCUUUGUUGGCUGCUUUAUACAGUGUUACCUUUUCAUUGCUCUUCUCCUCACAGAGUUUUAUAUACUGGCAGCCAUGGCCUAUGACCGCUAUGUGGCCAUAUGCAACCCUCUGCACUACAGUGUGAAAAUGUCCAGGCGAGUCUGCAUCUUUUUGGCCAUAUUUUCUUAUGUCUAUGGAUUCUCAGAUGGACUAUUCCAGGCCAUUCUGACUUUCAGAAUGACCUUCUGCAGAUCCAAUGUCAUCAACCACUUCUACUGUGCUGAUCCCCCACUCAUCAAGCUUUCUUGCUCUGACACUUAUGUCAAAGAACAUGCUAUGCUAAUAUCAGCAGGCUUCAACCUCUCCAGUUCUCUCACCAUAAUCCUCGUGUCUUAUGCCUUCAUUAUUGUUGCCAUCCUCCGGAUCAAGUCAGCAGAGGGAAGGCACAAGGCAUUCUCCACCUGUGGCUCCCACAUGAUGGCUGUCACCUUAUUUUAUGGCACUCUGUUCUGCAUGUAUGUAAGACCUCCAACUGAUAAGACUGUGGAGAAAUCCAAAGUGAUUGCUGCCUUCUACACCUUUGUAAGUCCAGUGCUGAAUCUGUUGAUCUACAGCCUGAGAAACAAAGAUGUAAAGCAGGCCUUGAAAUCUGUCCUCAGAAGAAAUAUUAUCAUGAUGAGAUUAAUGCCUACACUUACCUGUAACUGUUUAUAUUAUCAUUUUUGUUAA